AUGUCAGGGGAUAAUAACAUUCCAGCAGAUCCAAAGUUGUUGAUGGAAGCCUUAGUGGUAGAGAUGAAGAAAGCCUUAGAGGUUGAAAUCGUGUAUGUGCAUCAGAGGAUUGAUGAGGUUCAAGAUAGGAGAAAUCAAAGGGGAAGUCAAAGAGCAGAAAGGAAUCCUAUUCAGCGAACAAGAUAUGAGAAGGCAGAGAUUUAUUAUAGCCGUGAUAGUGGAGUCUCUAGAAGAAGUCAGAGGAGACCUAGGAUAACAAGAUAA